GACAUCCUCACGUUCAGACUGCCAACAUCACAGCGGAGAGCUGGGGUUAGGGGCGAGCCUGCAGUAGAGGAUUCAGCGCUGCUUAGCUUUAUAUCAGCGGUUCCUCCGAGUGCAGGAUGACUUUACCCCCACAGGAGGAGAUCAAUCCGAGCAGAGGAUCGGCCUGUGGCGCGCGGGGUUAGCUGCUGCGGGGUUUACUGUGGUGGGGAAGCGCUGCUGCUGCUGCCGCCUCUGCUGCUCGGGUCUGUGGGUCUGUGGGUCUGUGCCACUGUGGCAGGAGCUGAACUCGACCGAAACGGAGCUGCUGCUGAGUUUAUAACUGGGUUUAGUUCAGAGAGCUGUGUGUGUUUGUGUAAAAUACUGUAAUAUUAGAGUACAUUAGAGUCCGUCCAGCAAUAUUCACGCCUUCUUUCUCUUGUUUUCCUGUUUAUAAGCUGCUUCCUGCGCUGCUAACCAAAACAAUCUCUAGUUCUGAUUAAUCUUCAGAUUUCUGCCUUUAUCCACCAGAAAUCGGUGCGUUUAGUUUUUUUAAACUGCUCCUCCAGGGUUUAACUGUACUGUAUUGUAUUGGAAGCGGUUUUAACACUGUUUUUUUGUUUGUUGAGAAUAUCCCAAAGCUAGCUAGCUUUAGAUUGGCUUCAGCAGCAGGCUUCUUGUAGGUAGUUAGGUUAGCUUGUUAGCUUAUAGUUCAGGGUAUAAAGCAGUGGUGUACUGAGUCAGGCAGCAGAAAUGGACGACUUCAGCUCUAUAUCUCUGCUCUCUCUGGCGAUGUUAGUGGGCUGUUAUGUUGCUGGGACCAUUCCUCUGGCUGUCAACUUCUCAGAGGAAAAACUCAAACUGGUGACUGUACUGGGAGCAGGCCUGUUAUGUGGAACAGCACUGGCUGUGAUUAUUCCUGAAGGAGUCCAUGCAUUGUAUGAGGAGGUUUUGGAGGCUGGACAUCAUGCUCACGGCCAGGCUGAGGUGUCCGUCCCCGAGCAGAAAGUAGCUGAGGGAGUGGUUGGGCCCAGUGGUGAACACGCCCACAGUCAUGAGCAGCUCCAUGCCUACAUAGGCAUCUCUCUGGUGCUGGGGUUUGUCUUCAUGCUCCUGGUAGACCAGAUCGGCAGCUCCCACAUGCACAGCGGCGAUGUAGAUCCAGAAGCAGCAAGAGCUGCUAGCUCGAAGGUCACUACUACCCUUGGCUUGGUUGUCCAUGCUGCAGCUGAUGGAGUGGCUCUUGGAGCAGCAGCUUCUACCUCUCAGGCUAGCGUCCAGCUCAUUGUUUUUGUGGCCAUUAUGCUUCAUAAGGCUCCUGCUGCCUUCGGCCUGGUCUCCUUCCUCAUGCAUGCAGGUUUAGAGAGGAACCGAAUUCGUAAACACCUGCUGGUUUUUGCCUUGGCGGCUCCUCUCCUGGCAAUGCUCACCUUUUUAGGUCUCAGUCAGAGCAGUAAAGAGGCCCUGUCUGACGUGAAUGCUACUGGAGUGGCCAUGCUCUUCUCCGCUGGCACUUUCCUGUACGUAGCCACGGUGCACGUCCUCCCGGAGGUCGGGGGCACAGGGGGGCACAGCCAUUCGCCUGGAGGCAGCGGAGGAAAAGGACUGAGCAAAGUGGAGGUGCUGGCUCUGGUCAUGGGCUGCCUCAUCCCUCUAGUGCUGUCCAUCGGCCAUCAGCAUUAGAGUCGCUAGCAGAGGAAAUGAGGGAAAAUGAACUGUUGCUAACAGGGGACUUUUCCAAACGGUGGCCAAACACCUCAUGCCACAGGUUUGAAUUGCAUUUGUCUGUUUAACCAAAUUGGAAGCCGUAAGGGAUUUGAGUCGAUUUAACUCGUCGUGCCUCUCUCUGGGGGUUUCGGAUCUGUGGCAUGGCAGCUGACUUAUGGAAGUGGGUUGGACAGCAUUGUGAUCACAUGACCAUAACCCCUACCUCCUCUCUUCCACAGAGGAUUGUGUGCCAACAGCAGGCAUUAGCUGUUCUCUUAAUGAAUGGCAUCGUGGGUUUAUGUUGUCUUUUUUUUCCCCAUUUCUUUUCUUUUUUUCAGCCUCUCUCUUAAAUCUUCUCAGUAUCUCUUAAUAACUUCACUAUGGAUCACAUUUUGUUUUUAGCCAAUCAGUCGUAAGCUCUUUGUGUGUGUUCUGGAAAUUAGUUUUUUUUUUUUUUUUUUUUACUUUCUCUUAAACCAAUUAAUCAAUCAAACUAAUCGUCAAAAUACAUUUUUAAAAAUAAGGGACAGAUAUAUAUAAUAAUGUACACAGCCUUUUGGACUCACAUGAUGGCAGUAUGGCAAUGCAGUUGUUUAGAGCCUAUAUUUUAUUUUAUUUUAUUUUAUUUUAUUUUUUUCUCCACAAAACAGUAUGAAUAUGGUGAAGAGCAGUGAGUCUGUUAUUCUACUUGACUUAAAUAGUAUUAGUCAUCUCAGAGUCUCAGAAAAUACUUCUAGACAUCUGAAACAGUAAACUUAUAGACAUCAGAACAACAUUGCCUUGUUUUAUUUUGUUUUUUUGCUCAGAUUACAUUUAGAUUUCACUUGUCCCCAUAAAAAAACAUUGUGAUGGUGUCUCAGUGUCUCAAGACAAGACCAUUUUGAAGAAAAAAACAGUAUAAGAACCACUUAAUAAGAUAAGUGUAAACAGAAUCUGGUUUAAACAUAUCCAGAUACUAUCCAGAUUAAUUCCAGGUGUAAACAGACUUUAAAAAAGUUUUGCAAUUUGAAUCAAAGUAUGCCCAUGUAAUAUUUUGAACUGCCAAACAAGAUUUUUUUUGUUUGUUUGUUUAAUUAUUUUGUUUGUUUGUUUAAUUAUUUAAUUUGUUUGCAAUUGUAUAGGUACUAGUUGGACAGAAACAGUGUCUAUUUUUGGUGGUGAUAACUGAAAUAAUGUAAUUGUCUUUUUUUACUCAUGUGGGACCAUAGGUCAUCUUUUCAUGUCAUGUAGAAGGAACUGAAUAAUAGUUGAAGAACAAUGUUUCUAGCAUUCGUCGGAGGUUUAGCAUUACGUUAAGGAUUUAACAUUCCUUACAGCUUGCCAGGAACAUGUAUGAGACCCCAGAGCGCCUUUGGAACGGCCUGGAUGUACGACGUAUGCCCGUUUUUUCCACAAUGUCUGGACACUUUUUUUUUUCGAAUAACUGUUUAAAUUAUGAAGCUAGUUGACUUGAAAGAACUGCUGAAGCUUCUUCUCUUCUCCUCUGUGCUCGUGACUCGUCACUUACACCACCAGUUCAGCUGCUUUUCUCUUUCUCUGAAGCAUCUCCGAGCUCCGUUCAUGUGGGCAGGCUGGGAUGUUUUCAGUGUAUCUAUUAUGCCUGCCCGAAGCAGAGCUUGUGUAUAUAAUGUGUUCUGUAUAAAUCACUAUGAACUGCGCUUAAUGGAAACUUGGCUUCACUUUUAGACGUCCUAUAUUGAGUUUUUACCCAGUCUUUUAGUACAGUUUAGAGCGGCAGCGCGAGGGAAACGAAGACAGGACCUGGGUUUAAUUCAAACAGUGGGUAGGGAAUGUAAUAAAUAUUUUACAAGAAUCUCAGUAAUGCUA